AUGGCCAUCAAAUUACAGGUCAUGGAAGACUAUUCCUACCCGACAAAUGAGUUCUAUAAAACUACAAAGUCUCCUGAAAACUCAGGUGGGCGCGCGAGUGCGCGCGGCGGCGGCACGCGGCGAAGGCAGGGAGGGUGCACGCGCGCGCCCCCCCCCGCCCCUCCGCAACCGACGCGGAAACCGGCGCCCAGGCGAGCCGCUGUAGCCGGCGUGCAGGGCGCAUGCGCGCCCCCAGGAGGGCGGGGGCCGGCGUCUAGUGGCGAGCGCGCUGGUCGCCGGUGCUCGCCCGCCCGUCGCCGCUACUCGGGGACUAGCGGUCGCUGCGCGGCGUCCGCGCCCUCUCCCGUGCUGGGCCGCGCCCAGUGCUGCCCCGCCAUGAAGUUGAGCAGCCGCGGCCGGGGAUGCUGCGUGGCCGGCAGCCGGGAGCGCGGGCCGCCGCCGCGGAGCCCCUUCGUGCACCAGCUGCGCCUCAGCCCCCUGGAGAAAGCCAAGAUUGCCUUCAUGACCUUGACUCUGUUUCCUAUCCGACUCUUUUUUGCUGCUUUUAUGAUGUUGCUGGCCUGGCCUUUUGCAUUCAUUGCUUCAAUGGGAUCUGAUGAGCAAGAGCUUGAAAAGCCCCUCUCCUGGUGGCGAAAGAUAGUGGAUAUUUUGCUGAAAGCAAUUAUGAGAAUGAUGUGGCUUGCUGGUGGAUUCCACUGGAUAAAUGUAAAAGGCAGACGGGCAUUGCCGGCAGAAGCAGCAAUAUUGACUGUGGCUCCCCAUUCUUCCUACUUCGAUGCCAUUCCAGUAACUAUGACCUUCGCCUCCAUUGUGAUGAAAGCAGAAAGCAAAGAUAUUCCUGUUUGGGGAACUCUAAUCAAAUACAUCCGACCAGUAUUUGUAUCUCGGUCAGACCAGGAUUCUCGCAGGAAAACUGUUGAAGAGAUAAAGAGACGUGCUCAGUCUGAUGGUAAAUGGCCACAGAUAAUGAUAUUCCCAGAGGGCACUUGCACAAACCGAUCCUGUCUAAUUACAUUCAAGCCUGGAGCGUUUAUUCCUGGAGUUCCUGUACAGCCAGUGGUUAUACGUUAUCCAAACAAACUGGAUACAAUCACAUGGACGUGGCAAGGGCCAGGAGCGUUCGAAAUUCUGUGGCUUACUUUGUGUCAGUUUCACAAUUCUGUGGAAAUUGAGUUUCUACCCGUGUAUAUUCCUUCAGAAGAAGAAAGAAAAAAUCCAGUGUUAUAUGCCAAUAACGUCAGAUGUGUAAUGGCAGAGGCGUUGGGAGUUUCAGUGACAGACUAUACAUUUGAAGACUGUCAGCUAGCUUUGGCUGAAGGACAACUUCGUCUGCCUUCAGACACGUGUCUUCUAGAAUUUGCAAAGCUUGUGAGAAGCCUUGGGCUGAAGCCAGAAACACUUGAAGAUGAUCUUGAUAAAUAUGCUGCAAGUGCCAUAAAAAUGCAAAAAGAAAAGGUUGAUCUUAAAGAAUUUUCAGCAUACUUGGAAUUUCCAGUUUCUCACACAUUAGAAAGUAUGUUUGCUCUUUUUGAUGAGAAUGAAGAUGGCAUAAUUGACAUUCGGGAAUUUGUCAUUGCUCUGUCAGUUGUCUGUAAGCCAUCCAAAACUCUGGAAACAAUUCAGUUGGCAUUUCAGCUGUACCAGUCAGAAAAUGGAACUAUAAUAGAAGAGGAUUUAGCUCAAAUUCUGAAGACUGCCAUGGGUGUGUCACAGAUUAAUGUUACGCAUCUUUUUAGAGCUGUAGAUGAAGAAGAAAAAGGAGAGAUUACAUAUGAUGACUUCUACAGAUUUGCUGAACUGCACCCACACUUUGCAGAAGACUAUCUCUAUGCUGAUCAGAUGGGAGCUGAGAGUGGCUUGGAGACUUCAUCUCUUUCUGCUCCUAAUGGUAUCUGUACUGACUUCAGCCCUGAAAAUGCUGAAGAUAAAAACAAGCAGAAGAAACUGAAUUAA